GACCUCCCUCUCCCAGCGUGUCCUCCCGCACCCAGGGGAGAAGCCCUGCAGGUGUGGAAUCGUGGAGAGCAUCAGCCUCGCACCCAGCUCAGUCGCCCCGGGCAGCACCUCCGGGCACCGGCCUUGUGGGAGCCCCGGGUCCUUCCUUCAAUAUCUGCCCCCAUCCACACUCCUGCCUCAACUUCCCUUCCUUUAUCCUGUCCCCCCACUCAGUCUCCAGUCUCUGGUUCCACCCAGCCUUCCCCAGAUUCCUCCUCGCGCCCCAUCUCGUCUCCUUCACUCAUCGCCCACGUUCCCCAGCAUGGAGCAGCCGGCCCUCAGCCCUCCUCCACUCACCCCUUCCAGAUCCCCUGCAAAGCCCAGAUGCGAAUCCGCCCUCCGUGGGGAACUGGGGGCAGCCGUGUCCGCCAGAUUUUUCCUGCUCCGGGUGCGGGAAGCUUCUCCCGCACCGGCACACCCACGCCGGGGAGCAGCCUUGCCUCUGUUGCACCCAGAGCUCCUCCUCGGUCCAGCGCAGGGAGACCCACCCCGCCGAAAAGCCACACCUGUGUGCGGAGGGCGGCAGCGGCUGCCCAGCACGUGCACCUGGCCAAGCCCCAGCGCGUGCACCCCGGGAGCGGCCGUUCCCUGCCCGCAGUGCCUGCAGUGCCUCCGGGAGGCCUGGAAGUUGCCCAGGUUCCGCCAACCACCCAGCCGGCAGCUCAGCAGGAGUGGGCGAAGGGGCCCAGAAGCUGUGCCAGUGCUGGACGGGACUCGCGGGAGGCGGUUCAGGCCCGAGGCUACCCUGAGCCAACCCGGGAGGCCUCGCAGCACAAAGCGGUCCGACCGCUCUGCCAGGCCGGAGCCAGGCUUCGGCGACAGUGGCAAGCUCCUCCGCCGCCCUCAAACCCACACUGGAGAGGAGCCCUACCAGUGUUUCCGGUGUGGAAGGCCUCCAGCCGGAGGUCCAACCUGGCCCAACACUGUAGAACUAGCGUGUUGCAGCCCCGGGUGGACUGUGGAUCUGAGAUGCAGUCCCCUCCCUCCACACAGACCCGCUCAGGACGGCUUUUCUGUACCGCAGAUCUUUCUCAAAAGUGCUGGGGGCUAUUUUGUAUGUUCGUUUUUUUGUUUUCCCCUGAAUUCUCGCUCCUUUCCCUUGUGCAUUAAGGGAUUUAGGCAGGUGAGGCUGCGGGCGGUGACUCACGCCUGUAAUCCCAGCACUUUAGGAGACCGAGGUGGGAGGAUCACGUGAGCCCAAAGAAUUUGAGACCAGCCUGGGCAACAUAGCAAGACUGUGUCUCUGUGAAAUAAAAAUAA